UCUAAUAGAAGCUUUGCAAAGAAUUUUCUGUUUUCAGUGUAAGACCUGUGUUAGUGGCAGACCAACACUACCUGUUGUUCGCUUCACAAUAGCCUAAGAAGCAAUCAACAUGAUGAAAGAAAUCCAGAUGUGCUUGUGCAUCACCUUUCUAUUUGCAUUUGGAAUAGUUUAUGAACUGUCCCAAGAAGCAGAUUGCUUCUUUUUCUGCAAACCAAUUUCCAGACAUUUCCUGAGGCCCAAAGAUGUCGUAUCCCAGGGCAAAAGUAUCAUCUUUCUGGAGACAACUGAUCGUCUGCAACCUUCUCCACUUGUUUUAUGUUCUGUGGAAUCUGCUGCCAGAGUUUAUCCAGACAAGCCCAUCAUUUUCUUUAUGAAAGGACUGAACAAUAACACAUUGCCAGAUAUCAAAUCUUCUUAUCCCUCACUUUUCUUCUUACCAACUAUGAAGAAUGUUUUCCUUUUCCCUCUUCAGAUGGACAUAUUAUUCCAGGACACACCUCUAUUGCCAUGGUUUCUUCAGGUCAAUACAACAAAGGAGAAGUACUGGCCCUACAUUAUUUCUGAUGCAAUCAGACUUGCAGUAGUGUGGAAAUAUGGUGGAAUUUAUAUGGACACAGAUGUUAUUUCCAUCAAACCUAUCCCAGUGGCUAACUUUUUGGCAGCUCAGUCUUCCCAAUUCUCCAGCAAUGGAGUCUUUGGUUUUCAACAUCAUCAUUGGUUCCUCUGGGAUUGCAUGAAAGAUUUUGUUCAAAAUUACAAUGGAGACAUCUGGGGAAAUCAGGGACCUGACUUAGUUACGAGAAUACUAAAGAAGCUAUGCAAUCUCACAGAUUUUGAGAAGGUGGAAGACCAUAUAUGUUCCAACAUUUCCUUUUUGCACCCUCAACGGUUCUAUCCCAUCCCUUAUGAGGCAUGGACAAAGUACUAUGAAGUAUGGACCUCAAAGCCAGAGUUCAAUCAUUCCUAUGCUGUGCACUUAUGGAACUUCAUGAACCAGAAAGAGAAAAAGAAUGUGACCGUUGGAAGCAACACACUUGUUGAAAACCUGUUCAGAACAUAUUGUCCUAGUACAUAUAGGAGUCUGGUUCAAGCUGCAGAAGAUAUGGUUGCCUCAAAAUAAAACUAGUUAAGGGUGUAAUCCUAUUGCUUCUGUGAUAGUACUCCAGGAACCUGGGAACCCCCUCCUCUCUUCUUACAUGCAUGCCAAUUUCUGAUGCUGGAUAUUUAAAAGACCAGGAAAUCAUGAUCUCCAAAACCCCAACAGAACAUAGGAAGUUCUGGGUGGGAGAGGACAAAGGAAGUUAAAGCUCCCCCUGCCCCAAUCCAUUAUGCUACUAAGACUCAGUGGGAGUUUAGACGAGCCUCUCGACUGCUCAGAAACAUAUGUAAUAGGAGGGGAAGUUUUCUCUCCCAUACAGAACUGGAGUACUCUAAUCUUACCUUGGGCUUUCUCUAUAAUUCCAGCAUAUCACAACUGUGAUUUGAAACUCAGUAAUCCUUCAAAUAUUAAUUUGGCAAUCUUUAGAUAAUAUUUAACAUUUACAGAAAUACAGGGAAUGAAUGAGCUAUAUACAGUAAUUAGGACCUGUAUUGGAGCCCAAGAAAUAUACAGCUUCUUUUUAGGAUUUUUCAAAGGUAAUUCUCACCAUUUUCCUUUCACACUAGAAAACUAAAGUCUGUAUUGUGGUGAUGGCCAGCGCUCAGUGUUAUAUGAGAAGCAGUCACAUGCAAUAGUGAUAAGGACUAUCUAAGGGCAGA